UUAGGAGACCAUGGGAUACAAACGAAGCUUUGAUCCUACGCACCCUCAGAAUCCACGCAGGCGAGAUCUACCAAACUGGGCUGCGCGAGGGACGCAUUAGCGGUACUUCCUCCACGCAGGCAUACAGGGUGCGGUUACACCUGGGUCUCCCAGGUUGCGCGAAGCCGCGGUGCAAAGCGUUCGGGUGGGUUCCGUGUAAACCUGCACGGGUACCAGCCUGGCACCCACUGGCCGGCAAGCCGCACAGCACGUCAGCCCCGCCGCGGUCCGCACGCAGAUUCGGAGGGGGCGGGGAGAACGUCGCGGCGGGGGGCGGGGCCAUCAGGGGGCGGGACUUCAGGCCCCGCCCCGCCCUGCGCGUCCGGUCGGAUCUCGCCCGGAGCGUCCCUGCGCCCUCCUCACACGCUCCUCGGCUGUGCCGGCCGGUGCCGCGCGUGGCCAUGACUCAGCACUUCUCGCUGGCCGCCUGCGACGUGGUUGGCUUCGACCUGGACCACACUCUGUGUCGUUACAAUCUGCCCGAGAGCGCCCCGCUCAUUUAUAAUAGCUUUGCUCAGUUCCUAGUCAAGGAGAAAGGGUAUGAUAAGGAAUUGCUCACUGUGACCCCGGAAGACUGGGAUUUCUGUUGCAAGGGUUUGGCAUUGGAUCUGGAAGAUGGAACUUUCAUUAAACUUGCAGAUAAUGGCACUGUGCUCAGGGCAAGUCGUGGCACCAAGAUGAUGACUCCCGACGUGUUGGCCAAGGAGUAUGGGGCGAAGGAGUGGAAGUACUUCGUGUCUGACACUGGCAUGCCCAGCCACCCAGGAAAAUAUUAUUUUUAUGAUAACUAUUUUGACCUGCCAGGAGCUCUCUUAUGUGCCAGGGUGGUGGAUUCUUUAAUAAAGCAGAACAGUGGUCAAAAAACAUUUGAUUUUUGGAAGGAUAUAGUUGCUGGUAUUCAACACAAUUUUAAAAUGUCAGCUUUUAAGGGUGAGUAACGGGAAGAGAGGCUU